AUACAAAAAUUUACAUGAAAAUUCAAUCAUGAGCUUUACUAAAUUAUAGUAUGAAUUCUACUAAAUUAAAAUUUAAAAAUAAAUAAUACUCUAUGAUAUGCCAGGACCAGAUAUAAGAACUGACGAAAAUGUUCAUGGCGAGAUGUCUACAACCCCCACAACAACUGUUCACAGUGGCGUUGAAGCUAAAACCGAAAGAAAGUUAACAGUUCUUGAAACACAUGGUUACAUUUUGGGCAGAACCAUAGGCUCAGGUUCAUAUGCCACAGUCAAGGUAGCCAAUAGUGAUAGACACAAUUGUCAAGUGGCAAUAAAAAUAAUAAGCAAGUUUCAAGCACCUGGCGACUAUCUGAAGAAAUUUCUUCCCCGAGAGAUAGAAGUCGUAAAAGGACUGAAGCAUGAAAACUUAAUACGCUUCUUACAAGCAAUUGAAACCACUCAUAGAGUGUACAUUGUGAUGGAAUAUGCAGAAAAUGGCAGCCUGUUGGAUAUUAUUCGGAAAGACCAACAUAUCGAUGAGUCACGCGGUCGUCGGUGGUUCAGACAGCUCGUGGAGGCGGUAGAUUAUUGUCAUGAGCGGGGUGUUGUACAUCGGGACAUAAAAUGUGAAAAUCUCCUUAUGGAUAAUAGUCUGAAUAUCAAACUAUCUGAUUUUGGUUUCGCAAGAGGCCAUAUGAAACCGAAGAACGGGGUUUAUGCAUUAAGCGAAACAUUUUGUGGGAGUUAUGCUUAUGCCUCGCCAGAAAUACUAAAGGGUGUCCCUUAUAGGCCUCAGGAUUCUGACAUUUGGAGUAUGGGCGUAGUUCUCUACGCGAUUGUGUAUGGUAGACUGCCCUUUGACGAUACUAACUAUACCCAACUCUUAAAGCAAGUCCAGAACAAGGUGUCAUUUCCUCGCGAACCGAAAAUAUCGACAGAAUGUCGCAAGCUAAUCACAAAGAUUCUAGCUCCUCUGAAAUUACGUGCAAAAAUACCUCAAAUCUUAGCCGACCCCUGGCUUAGUCCACACCAGUCAUCCAAAGAUGAAGACUUAGAUGCCAAGCCAGAUGCAGCGAGUAAAGAGGAAAUAAAAAGCGUAAAUAUUGGAACCGUAACAUUUGACAGAAAAUUUGAAGAAGUGAAGUAAAAAAUGACAAUUACAUAUUUAAAAUAGCUUAAUUUUAUCUGCACAAUAAACGAGUUACAUGACAAA